CACCUCAGGCAACACUUUUCGGUACCUAUAAAGGGUCUUACAGACCCGGUUACUAUGUUGUAAUUUUAGCUCCUUGCACCUACAGCGCCUCCUGCACUCGCAUUUGUAGGCUCUGUAGGCUCUGUCUGUCCAUUAGUAGGCUCCCAUGAUGUGCAGGGAGGAUCACUUGGUAGGCCGAGGAGGCGUCCUUGUUCUUAUCGCCAUGACUCUAAUGAACUCCUGCAAUACUCACAAAGCUCAAAUCGUAUCUUCUGGCCUUGGACAACACUUCGUGAGCCCUAGGAAAGCGAGAGAUAAGAGGAAGACUCAAGUCCUUGUCAAGCUGCCUGGCGCUGAGCUCAAGCGUCGUCGUUUACUUUCUCAAAUGCAACGACUCAUGGAUCCUACAUCCUCUAAACCAGGCCGUUCUCUUGGUACCACACUGGAGGGUCCCUCUGGUGAAGCAGACAAUAUAAAUCUAACCAACGACUUCGAUUUUGCAGGCGCUGAAGUUGAGACGGCACACGCAGUAUCUUCUGAUAGGCCCGCAGACUCGGAGACCAGUCCUUCCAAGCGGCGCACUCUUCCAGAUAAAUCAACGGGUACAUUAUAUGCUAACUGGAAAAAGCUCAUACCCACCCUCGUAGACCCGCAAUUGAAGUAUUAUGCGCGCACUCUUGGCCAAGCCCUGGAGACAACUCACAAUGUUAUCUCUGCGUGUGGCACUCUGUCAUGCGCUCAGAGAAGGACUAGUAUAUUGUGUCUAUUCUUUGAUAGAUUUAUAUCAAUUGAUGUACUAAGUUGUGAAUGUUCCAGCCUUCCGCAGGUCCUUCUUCAUCACGGGCUAUUCCCUACCGCACCUUCACAACCUCGUAUGGCGGUCUCCGUCGAUCUAUUGUCGUUUUAUCGAGCGUUAUUUGAGCGCUCUUGCGAUGCCAUCAACGCUCUCGCAUCCGCGCUCAAAACUCACUAUUUGUGCCGAGGGUUUCAAGUGACCGACUCACACGGUGACAUUGUGCAGGAACCUUUUUGUCGUGGUUUAGGUUAUGCCGUACAGUGGUAUGAUGUCCUCCAGGUCGAAAUCGAGCGCCAGGUUGAUGCAGUUCUCAAACAAAGUCGAGAUCUUGUGGCCGGUCUUCAAUCACCUCAACCACUCGCCUUAGCGCAUGCAGAACAUUCAGCUGAAAUUGGCUUACACCAUGCGUGUUUUGGUGGCGCGCUGUUUGGAAGACCCGUUGACCAAGGUGGCGACAUACAUGUUGCUACUGACGGGAAUUUUCAUCAUCGCCACCGCCGAUCUGCCGGCGACUGUCCUCCCUUUUAUGAGCCCACCUACUUCCUUCCUAAAGGGUUCGUUGACGCGGUUGGGCGCAGAAUUCACACACAACGUAAGCGACCUGCGAAGGUACACACACCCCUUGUCCCUGACAAGGCCAUCGACUUGUGUGAGAACGCAUAUGAAGCUGCUGACGGAAAGAAGCAAAAAGCGGCGAUGGACAGCUUUGAUGACACGGGAUUGAUGGCCCUGAUUUGCCGUCACGACAUCCCACUUUUUUUUGUUAAUAUUGAUUCCCCGGGCGAGCAACAGAAGUAUCCGAUUGCGCUGAUCGAAAAUUUGUUCACAUUGCUCCCUCCUCAAGCAACAGUGGUGACGCUCUAUGACGUCGGAUGUGUUCUUGCGCGGACCCUUUCAAAAUUCGAGAUCCUCCCCAAGGAUACCUUAUCACGUCUGCGCUUCAUGACCACGGCGAUGCACGCCUAUGGUCACGAAUGGGCAUGUCAGUUGGCGUACAAUCCUCGUGUCGAAAGGUCGUCAUCACGUCAGCGUCGUAUCUGGUUAAUCGACCGUCAAGCAACUGCGAUAGGAUCGGAAAUGAAAUCAGACCUGGGGGACUGGCUUAAACGCUGUCUCAAGCGGGGUGUCAAGGACCAGGGUUCUGCGGCGCUGGAUGUCAUCAACCGUUCCGAAACAUCUGUGGAGGACCUACAAGCUCAGUGGGCUGACCAGCGGCAAUCCCAACUCUCAAUUCGUGCGCACGCCCCCACCCGUCUGAAGAAAGAACUAGAUACCGUCCUUACUUUACAGGCCGAUCUGGAUGUCUCGGAUCGAGCCUUGCAGGCCACCAAGACUAUGCUGGAGAAGGAGGCAGCAUCGGAUGACACUCUCGAUGUCCUCGAGAGCCUACAGAGGGGCCAUGAUCGUCUCAUGACGAAAGUUGAAGCGUUGUAUGCUUCACUUAACGUCAAUGACAGGUUUCCCGAGCUCGACGGCAUCAAUCUCAACUUUGUUCAUGUCCUUCUCAUGGCACGCGAUCUCAAGAUGAAUAUCCGAAAGUGUGCAAUCACUAGUUUUUUCGAAUGGGACAAAUUGGAUCGUGCAGUAGGCGGAUCGCACCAAACAUUAGCCAAGUGUCAACCUGCGCUUAUGAUGGCAAUCCGAAAGUUUAACUCUUACUGCGAACGGUUGGAGUCACUGUAUGAUCCUACUUGGACUAUUCCCCUCCCUACCCCCCUUCCAACAAAAUUAGCUGAACUACGUGGUGACCAGACAUUAAUGCAGGAUGUCUGGGUCACGCCGUCAAUGGGAGAUGUGCCUUGCUGGUUGGAAGACGCGGACAUCAGGGACGGAAUUCGUGCCCUUCUCAAACGUGACCGGUGCCAGGAGGAGCAAAAACGCUUAGGCAUGGAGGCUGACAAUUUGUGCCGCUUCUUCGGAGAAGAGCUAACUGCACUGGAGCUCUCACUCCGAUUGCCCAAAAAUAAGCGCUUUCGUGUUCCAUUGCAACAACAGCACUCACAUUUUAUCCGCCUUCAGACGCGAUGGUCAAACUCGCUUGCACCAUCGGCUCGGUUCACAAGCCGUGCAAAAGAGGCGCUAGACCGCGCUAUAGCCUACUCUGGAGAUCCUCAAGAUACUGUUCUUAAUUUGGCUAGCAUAACAGUGCAGGACCCUGCUCCAGAAGAUGAACCAGUUGUCCCUGAGGUGGAUGACUUGGACUCGCAGCAGCUUGAGCCUGAGCAAGCUGCGCUUGCAGACAUCCUGGAGGGUGAUGUUGCCGGAGCGGAGUUUGAUGAAGAUCAGAACUUAAUGUCCAAUAUGUGCGCUGACAUUGUGUGGGAUUCCCCAGAGGGUCUCCUGAUUGAUGAUUUCCGCGCCCCAUCUCAAGAUUCGCAUGUCAUUGUGGCUGGACAGGUAGCGACACGAGUACGACCGUCGAUGGGUGGAUUCCCCCAACAAGUUUUUGAGCCGAGAGACAUCUCAUUUCUUGCUUCUCCGACAGCGUACCUGAACGAUGUUUGUAUCAACGGCUGUGCCAUGCUUCUGCAGAUAGAUAUCCCUAACCCCAUUGUAGCUAUCUUCUCCACGCACGAUCUUCCUCGCAUUCGCUACAAUGCAGCCGAUGAUAUCCUUUGGCGCAAUACAUCCUGGACACGCUAUUGGGAGAAAGAUGUGUGGAUUAUCCCAAUUCAUAGGCCAGCUAGUGUUGGCCAUUGGGUUGCUUGUGUUAUUUACUUGUCGAGAAAAGAAAUCCAUCUCUUUGAUAGUCUCGCUGAACGAAAACCGUGGAAACACGACUUGAAAGACAUCAUGAAACUUGUUUGUCGGCUUCUGGUAGUCGCACAUCAACGAGACAAGCAGGUACAUAUCGAUCUGGAUGGAUGGGUGGCUCGGCCAUUGACCGUCAAACCACUCCAGACUAACGGAUAUGACUGCGGAGUAUGGAUAUUAGCAGCCAUGAUUGCUGUCCUAUGUGGACGACACAUUACGCGACUACAAGAGGAGGAAAUGAGCGACUUGAGAUAUUACCUACGUGCUCGUGUACUUUCUAUACCUGCCUUCUAG